AUGGCGUCUUCGUCAUCAAUCAAAUCACGCCACGUGGCUGUAAUCGGAGCUGGCGCCGCCGGGCUAGUGGCGGCGAGAGAGCUUCGACGAGAAGGUCACACCGUCGUCGUCUUCGAGAGGCAGAAACAGGUCGGAGGAACUUGGAUCUACACCGAUCAUGUCGAGUCCGAUCCGUUAAGCGUCGACCCGAGCCGACUCGUCGUUCACUCGAGCGUCUAUGGCUCUCUCCGAACGAACCUUCCUCGAGAGUGUAUGGGAUUCAGAGACUUCCCGUUCGCGAUCCGAUCCGGCGAAUCCAGAGAUCCGAGGAGGUUUCCGAGUCACGGUGAAGUUCUGGCGUAUCUGCAAGACUUCUCCAAGGAGUUUGGCAUCGAGAAGCUGAUCCGGUUCGAGACGACGGUCGUGCGCGUUUCUCCGGCGGCGGAAAGCGACGGCGAGGAAGGAAUCGGAAAAUGGAGAAUCGAAUCUACAGAGAAAGAGAAGAAAUCUCAUCAUCGUGAUGAGAUUUACGAUGCUGUUGUUGUUUGUAAUGGACAUUACAUCGAACCUCGUCUCGCUGAAAUUCCUGGGAUAAGUUUGUGGCCAGGGAAGGAGAUGCAUAGCCAUAACUAUCGUCUUCCACAACCAUUCAAAGAUCAGAUUGAGCGUGUCCUUGAGAAUGGUUCUGUGGUUUUUCAGAAUGGGAAAACGAUUUUUACUCAUGUGAUAAUGCAUUGCACUGGGUUAUCUCCUCUACCGUUUCCUAUGUUUGAGCUGCAAAGCAAGUGGAUUGCGGGUGUUUUGUCUCGUCGGAUCAUGCUUCCUUCAAAGGAAGAUAUGUUAAUGGAAAUCGAAACCUUGUAUGCAAGACUUGAAGGGGAAGGGGUUCCUAAGCGAUAUACUCACUCUUUGGGCAUCAACCAUUUUGAGUACAAUGAUUGGUUGGCUUCAGAAUAUGGGUGCUCAGGAACAGAGGAAUAUAGGAAAGAGAUGUUCUUGAUGAGUUUCAUGAGGAAGAUGGAGAAUCCGGAGACGUAUAGAGAUGAAUGGGAAGAUCAUCAUCACUUGGUUGCUCAAGCUAACCAUGAUUUCUCUUUGUAUAUUGUAAAAUAA